UGAAUUCUCUGGUAUUCAUAUAGCAAUCAACCAGUUGACCGGUUGGGAAGUAAGACAUUCGACUUCUUGCGAUUAGACCAGAUAGGUCACUAAAAAAUGGUGUUUGCAACCCGAGAAGAGCUCUUCCGUACUCAAGAAACAAGCAUACAUUAUUAAAACAGCUCACACCCAAGUUUGACAAACUUUUCAACCUUAUUUGACCAGGAGACCAACGAUAAGUCAACGUGAGAUCCAAAAUAACUGCCAUCUAGCGGGAAAAACACGCAAUUGUCAAAUCUCAAAGUAAAGCAAACAACGGCGGUACAAUGUUUUUUAACAAAAAAUUAUAAGCACCAAGCAUUAAGAACACUCGUUUUGACAUAUAUAUGUCUCCUUUUGUAAGUUAGAUAUUAACUCAACACGGCGGAGAGCUCAAUUUAAAUGCCAAAACAUUAGACGCUAAUAUCAGAACAAAUGGCAAUGAUGAUGAUAAAAUUAUGUUCGAAAAUUCCAUUACUAAGUUCUUUUCUAAGAUUACGUCCUCGUCGAAUUUGUGUGGUCAACUCAUUAGAAGAAUGCGAAGAAGUAGCAAUCAAAUUUGAAAAGUCAUGUGCAAAUUUGCCGGUCAUUGGACUAGAUUGCGAAUGGGUAACUGAAAAUGAAGUUCGUCGACCAAUAGCUCUACUUCAAAUAGCUGAUAAUGAUGGCACGUGCUCUUUAAUUAGAUUAUCCAAAUUCAAAACCAUACCUCAGAGACUAUCGAAUCUUCUUAGUGAUGACCAAGUGAUAAAAGUCGGCGUUGCUAUUUCAGACGAUGCUCAAUUUCUUAUGUCUGACUAUAAUAUUGAAGUGUCAGGGUUCAUUGAUUUAAGAUAUUUAGCCAAAAAAAGUGGUUUGGCUGAGAGGAGUUUAGCGGCUCUCUCUUAUAAAUUACUCGGUUGUGAACUAGAUAAAGACUGGAGAGUAAGAGCAAGCAACUGGGAAGAGGAAGUGUUGACUGAUCGACAAAUUAAUUACGCUGCAUUGGAUGCUUAUGUCGCUGUAAAAAUAUUUGAACAGUUUAGAAAUAAAAUGAUUUCCUGGCAGAAUUGGUUUAUGUUGUCAAGUAAACAAAAAUGGGAUUUUUUUACAAUAAAUUGUAUUGAAUUUAAAGAUUUACAGUUUAAGAACAGCAAUGGUAGCAAUGGUUUUAAACAUAAAACUAAACCUAAUAUUCGUUUAUAUUCAACAUCGACAAUAAAAACAACUACGGUAUAUGAUAAUUGUUUAAUGGAAAAUGUUGAUGGAAUUGUUAUGUCUACAUGUAGUCAUAAAAAAGUUGAUUGGUACAUCAGUCAAGGAUUAGCUAAAUUAGUCAACGACAACCCAAGAACUAUUAGACUCAACUUCCCGGCUGAGAUAAAAAAUCGCAAAGAUGCGUUUUCUAUCCAUUUCCGAGAUAACAUAUGUACAGUUUGUGGACGCACUGAACAUUUUCGAAAAAAAAGCAUUAUACCUAAAGAAUUUGUUCGACACAUGCCUGUUGAAUACAAGAGUCACAUACCUCAUGAUACCUUAUUAUUAUGCUACUGGUGCCAUAUUAGAGCAAAUACGUCUGAUAUUGAAGUUCGGAAACGACUGUUUGAAAUAUGUAAUGUAACCGAAUUUAAGACUAAUGAACAUCAUAAGAUUCCUGCGUAUAUCAAAAUAAUACGAUCGAAACAUUUAGCUAAAACUUUAUUGAAAACUGGAAAUAAAGUACCACAACACGUAGCCGUAAAGUUAAAACAAGAAAUAGCUGACAUUUAUAACAUAGAAUUGGUCCGUUUGUCCGAUACUUUCCUCGAACAUUUGCUCAAUAUAAAAUCCUUAAAAUAUGGCAGUACUUCGCAACAAUAUAACGCUGCUGAAAAAGUGGUCGAAUGGUUUGUACAACGAGGUACUUUGAAUGAAAUGAAGACCAUAUGGCGGCAACAUUUUAUCGAUACUAUGAAGCCGAAAUAUUUACCUGCAUUAUGGUCGGUCACGUAUGAAGGAUAAAAACCCAUUUUACCAUGAGAGCACAAAGGACGUAUUUUUUUACUACAAAUGUCGAGUAUUCCUACUCUCUAUAUAAUUUUAAAGUACAAAAUUACGUUGAAUUUCAAUAUAUUGAAUUUGUUAUUGUUAUGUA